CCUCCCUCAGACCCAGACGUCUGUCCUCCCUCAGACCCAGACGUCUGUCCCCCACCACUCCUCCUCCCAGUCCGACAUGGUCAAUAUUCAGUCAUCUAACCCACAUCCAGGAGCUUCCUACCCCCACGCCCCCCAAGCCUCCAUCCCAGUGUCUACCUCUGUUCAGCUCCAACCGUCACUCCCCCAUGCUCACCCCCACAGCCACCCAGUUCAACCUCCUCACCCCUCCCAACUCCCACAUCCCUCCCUCUGUAUCUCGGCCUCACCGACCCAUCCCUCACUCCAAACCCAGAAUCUUACAGAAACCCCACAGCCCCCACCUCAGCCUGAGGCCCCGGCUCGUCCUCCCUCCCAUCCGGCGCACCAUCCUCACACCGCCCAUCACCCUCACUUACCCUCUGCACCUCACCCCCAGUCCAUCCCAGGAGCUGUUCCUCUACAGAACUUGUCCCAGCUCUACCAGGACCCCCUGUACCCUGGUUUCCCCCUGGGAGAGAAGGGCGACAUGGCCCUGACUCCACCCUACUCCACCAGCAAGUCAGGGAAUGACCUGCCCCAAGACGUCAACAUCUUGAGGUUUUUCUUCAACAUGGGCAUCAAGGCGUACUCCAUGCCCAUGUUCCCCCCCUACAUUUACCUCCUCCCCCUCCAACAGGCCCACACCCUGCAACCAAAGCUCCCCUCCCGCUCCCCCUCCCCAACCCCUCAUUUCCCUCCCCCCAACGCCCCCAUCAGGCACCAGGAGGCGUACCCUCCCAACCCUCCGACUUCAAUGCCAGCGCUGCCUCUGUACAGCCACCAAGCCCCAGUUACUGAGCCCCCCCGUCCCAGUGAACCCUCCUUCAACCAGGCCGGUUACCCCGUCACCCAGCCCCCACCCCACAGGAUGCCCUGCACCUCGCUGCCAUGGCAACAGCACCAGAUGCCCCCACCCACAAACUCCAGUUACCCAGCUGGGUAUCCCUCGUCAGCUCCGCCAUACCAGCUUCCUCCUUCUUCUCAGGGGUACCAUCCAGGUCAAGGCACAGGUCACCUGCUGUACCCCCCAACCAUGCCUCCAUACCCCCCCUCCUCGCUGGGGUACCAGUCCUCAUCCAACUCUGACAAGCUCCAGGUGACUCAGGGGCCGAUGGAGCAGCUUCAGCCAACCAACGGAGAUGCACUCUCUGGGCAUGGGCAUGGUCCUCUGGAUGGUGCUGCUGCUGCUGCUAAUAUGGCUAAUGCUAACAACAGAACAAUGUUGGUUUCUGGUGUGAACAAUUUUGCGCUGAAGAAGGAGCAGGGAGAGAGUUUGAAGAGGACGGUUCUGCUGGUCGACCCGCCUCUCAACAACAGACCCAUACUCGCUCUGGUCUCAAACUCUGAUGACCCUGUCUCCAUGACGACCAUGAAGCCCAGCAGCACCCCUGGUUCUCCAUUACCUUAUGGCAUCAUCUCCAAGACAACCGUCCCUGGUGACAACAGCGCCCCCCAUGUCUAUCAGGUCCACCCAAAACAAUUUAACCCCAACAAAAUGUACGUCAAACUGGGAGUACAGGAGCCCGGAAAGGCGGGACAUCUGCAGACCAUGCCUAUGACGGAUGCUCUGUCCGUGGGCUGCAGCACAGAGGAUGACUGGGAAGAGAGGGAGGGAUUCAAACCGGCAACCUUGAAUCCCAGAGGGUCAAAGAGGAUCUACAGAGGGCGAGGGAGAGGCGGAGGCUAUGAUGGAGGUAGGGGAGGACACAGGAGGAGGCAGGGAGGAGAGGGCUUUAACCACGGACAGUUUAGCCCCUCCUACCGGGGGCGAGGAUGGUGAGGCAAGUUCUCAGCCAAUGAAAGGAGAGGACAGUGGAGGGUUUUUUUGCCUUAUUUACCUACUACUCGUUCUGAUCGCACUUUUUUCUUGUAACCGCCUUAAGGUCUGAUUGAUGGAUUGGGUCGAUACUCAUCGUGUUCUGUGUCAAAAUCUUCCAGCCAGAUGUUCAAAGAAACACUAUCAAGCUCAUUAUUAGCUAGCUGAUUAGUAUAGAAUGUUAGCAAGAGCAAGUUUACAUAAGGAAUAUCAGUGUUUUUGUUUUGGGCUGCAAUGAUUUCUUUUUUUUUUGCAUAUGUAAUCUGUCAGUAAUUUGGUCCCGUUGCCUUUUGUCUGAAAAACAGUCGGACAGUCGUAUAAUCUCCCACUCGGAAUUUUGAGUUUGAUUAAUGUAAAAUGUAUGCGAUUCUGCCGAGAUGGACGAGGUGGUUGAUAGCGCAGUUAAGCAUAGAAGGAAAACAGCCCAGGGUACUGUCAUUAUUGCAUUUUGUGUAGAUUAAACAAACGGCUAGCGUGGUUUAACAUUAGCAAGGAAGAAAAAAUGGAAACCUGCACAAAACCCACGUUAAAACCACAAAAUGUAAUUUUUAUGAGUCUGCCAUUGCACAUAUUAAACAUCUGAUCGAAUA